AUGCCCUCCGAAACAGAACCCCUCCUCCCACGCUACGACGAUGAAACAUCCCGUCAGCGCCGCCUUCACCAAAAACUGCACACGUACCAGAUGUUCCGUGCCAUGGUGGAAGGCUACAUGCCCUCCACCGAGCAGACCAUCGCCAAUCUACGGACCAUACUAGCCUCUGAUGUACUGAACCUGCGGAAUCAGGACAUUGGCUCUGUUGGUCGGUUGCUGGUGCGUGAUGCCCGGCUGUGGAUUACGGUGUUCAUCGAAUUCCUGCUCGAGAAGAACGAGGGCGAUCAGUUGCAGGAGUUGUUGUGGAGAUUGGCUAGGUCGAGGGUGGAGGUUGAUACUGGGCGGGUCGGUGAGAGUGCUAGGCGCGUGAAGGCGCGUGCGGAUGCGAAAGCUGCAUAUGACAGCUUCCGCACGGUAGGAAGUCUGCUCCUAACGAAUGCGGAUUUCCGCCUCUUUGUUGAUGAUGUUGCUACCGUUGGCCGUCAGAUCUUUGCCGAUACCGCCGCCUCCCUAUCCGAAACGUCGAAACAGGUCGCGGAGCAGGUGCAACCAUCAGAGGAAGAGACUCGGGCGUUGCAAGGAGCUGGCGCCGAUGACGGACGUGAACUAUCCGGCGAAGAAUUGAAGAAAGAAGUGGCCAAUGUUGUUGAUAUCGCUGGAAAGGGCGUUGCGCGCACGGAGCAAGCAGCCGUGGAGAGCGCAAAAGAACAUCUAUCGGGUCAAGAACGAGAGACGUUGCUAUACCGACUGAAACAGGCUGUCUCAAAACUCCGCGAACGAACCGACUACACUGAUUCCGUGUCAACGAUUACACAGCUAAUUCAGCGCUACGCGGCUAUCUAUGCCAGCGCUGCGGAAGAUACGGCAGCAGUCGCACAGGAAGACAUCGAGGCGAACGAGGAUCUCAAAAAGGCCGUCGAACACUCUUGGAGUCUACUGCGGCUAUUUGGGGAUGCUAAGGAAUGGGAUAAACUCAAGGAGAGGUUUCAUAAUGUCCUGCGUCAUGCUGAUAAGGAUCCGGAGUUUGAACAUCUAAUGGGAAAUGUCACCGGUUCGCUACAGGACAUGCUUACCGACCCGGCGUUCUUCGACUCGGCGCCUGAGAAGCUCGAUGAGCUACAGCAGCAGUCGGAAAAAGUGGGCUCUCAGACGGGGAUUCGCAAAGAUAUGGAUGAGCUUUUGGCUCAGGCGAAGCGGGCCUUGCGAAGUGUGCCUAAGGACAACGGAGUGUCUAAGCUGGUGAAUGCAACCAAAAAACUACACCGGGAUGCAUACAAUGCCUAUAAAGAUAAAAAGGCGGAUCUCCCCGUGGACUUUGCGAAUGUCUUUCUUCCCGUGUUUCUGCGCAUGAUCCAGUACAUCCCUAUCCCCCGAUUGGAAGUAUCCGCGCCAGAGAUGGACCUACUGCUCGAGAAUCUGAUCUUGGAGCCGGGCCGAACAGUCAACUUUUCAUCCUUCCUGCCAUACCGCGUGAAUCUGGUUACACGCAAUGACAUUGACAUUGUGAAGAAGCAUGCCAAGCGCACAGACACUACGAUCAAAACCGCUUUCACGUUAAACAUCCAAGGCCUGAAUAUCAGUGCUCAGGACUUCGGAUACUGGCUACGCGCCCACACUGGCCUAUUCUUCUCUCUAAAAGACGAAGGAAUCGCCAGCUUUUACCUCGACCGCCGAGGCAUCGACAUCUCCCUCGACGUCGAAGUUGGCCGCGGCCGCCUCGAACAAAUUUUCUCUCUGCGCGGCGUUCGAGUCCGCAUUCACAAACUCGACUACAAAGUCUCCCAGAGUAGAUGGAAGUUCCUUCUGUGGCUGACGAAGCCCUUCCUAAAACACCUAGUCCGACGUGUUCUUGAGAGGAAAAUCGCCGAAGAAAUCGUCUCAGCUGCGUUCGCGCUGAACCGGGAGCUAGUCUUUGCUCGUGAACGUCUUCGCGCGGCUCGCAUCGCGAAUCCCCGGGAUCUGGCCACGUUCGUGCGUGCUGUGCUUGCGCGGCUUCGGCCCGCUGAUACGGAUGUCGAGGCGAGGGUUGGUUUGGAACCGCCGAAGAGUGGUGUUUUCAAGGGUGUUUAUGCGCCGGGGAGUAUUGUUAAGACGUGGCAUGAACAGGCUACUGCGGCUCAGGAGGUGAUUGAAGAUGGGGAUGAGACGCAUGGUGUGGGAUAUACGUGGCGGAAUGAGAUUUUCAAUGUUGCGGGGGCGUGA